UUUUGCUUGGCCUUCUAAAUCGAUGGAGACCUCACUUCUAACAUUAUAUUUACUCUUAAACUUGUGUAAAAUUUAUUACUAUUAAAAUGAUUGAUGUACUAAAUCAAGUUCCGGUAAUUGCAAGGGGAGGGGGGUGGAUGCUCGGAGGGCUGUAGCCUGUGAUUGGUGAAACAAAUGUGUCGUCAUAUCCGCAGCAAGAACCACAAAGGUGCCUACUAUUAUUUACUUUUUUGCGCAACGGAAACAUUUACAACACGCAUAAUGGAAUAUAACGUUACAAUGUGGACAAAUCAAGAAGUCCAGGCCCUCAUCCGCUUCUGGGGAGACGAAGCCAUCCAGAGGGAACUGGAAUCGGCAGUAAGAAACGAGAAAGUCUACCAAAAGAUUUCCCAGCGGCUGGCAGAAAUGGGAAUCCAGCACACAGCAAAGCAGUGCAGGGAGAAAAUUAAAAAGAUGAAACAAGAUUACAGAAAAAUCAAGAGCCAAGAUUGGCGCGGUAAGGCAAAGCCAAAGUGGUUUGACUCCCUGGAUGCUGUUUUGAGCACCCGACCGGCUGCCGCUGGCGGCCCCAGUAGUGGACUCGAUUCGACUUGUUUGCUUCUGCAGUCCAUGCUGGAGGACUCUGAGACUUCCUUUGUUGCCACUCAGGACAGCAUGGAAGCUACCCGGCUCACCGCUGGCAGCUUCAGAGCCUCAGCAAGCUUUGCCAACACCGGGUCAUUCACCUCGGGCAGCGUGACGGACAUGGAGGAAGAAGUCUCAACACAACGACAGAGGCGCCUUAAAGAUUCAUCCACUAUAACAGACAGUCCAGGAAGCUGCAGCAACACCUUUAUACCAAGCACUAUGCUCAGCCAAACACCCUACCCCAUUGGAAACCCUCAAGACCCAGAUUUCUACUGCGUUCAGCUAGAAGAUGUGGAUGGACCCUCUACAAGCACCUCAGUUACCUCCACUGCAGUGCAGACAUCAUCAAAAGAUACAUCCCUGUGCUGCUGGUCAAAUAAAGAGGUCCAAGCAUUGUUGACAUUUUGGGCAAAUCCCUCUGUUCAAGAAGAGCUUCUCCUCAACGUGAGGAAUAGUAAAGUUUAUGCUCACCUCAGUGCCAAAUUGGCAUCACUUGGAUUUAAUAAAGCACCAAAGAAGUGCAGAGAGAAAGUCAAAAAACUGAAGCAGGAGUACAAGAAAUUCAAAAACGGGCAAUACAGGGGGGGAUGGAACAGCAGCAAUACAAAUGUAUGGUUUGCUAUUAUGGACAAUGUCCUUAGUUCCCAGGCUGCAACAACAAAACAUUUAAGAACAACAGAGCCCUCACCGCCCAGGCUGUCACAGUCUGUCCUGGAUAUGGACACUAAUUGUUUGACAGAUGAAUCUCAGUGGUUGCCGGAUGAAAUCCAAGUGUUAAUGACGCUCUGGGCACAGCCAAACAUUCAGCAACAGCUUCUCACCACAGCAGCAAAUGAUGAAGUCUUCACGUACCUCAGCAAUGAGCUUGCCUUGGUUGGCUUUAACAAGACGCCACAUCAAUGCAAUGUUAAAGUGAAUCAUCUUAAAGAGGAGUACAAAAGAAUCAAGGAAGUGGACCCAUACUGGGAAGUGAAGGGUGACUGGUUUUCUAUUUUGGAUGGUGUCCUUGGUGCUGGUGGAGAGGCUUCUGCUGAGGUGGAUUCAUCUGCAGUGCUGACACAGCCUAAAUCACACAAAGAUGAGCAUGUAAACGACACGUUGCAUGCUGUUUGGACAUCAGAUGAAGUCAAAGUGCUCCUCACCCGGUGGGCAGAGGACAACAUCCAGGAGGAGCUUCGAUCAUCCCAGAGAAAUGAGAGAGUGUUCGCUCAGCUGAGCUCGGAGCUUGCCACUCAAGGUUUCGAUAAGACCACCAGCCAAUGCAGGUCGAAAAUAAGACAGCUGAAACAAAGGUACAAAAUGAUUAAGGAACUUAAGGGCUCUAAGAAGCAAAAAAACAGAUGGUUUGUCAUUAUGGAUAAAGUCCUUGGUCAUCGCAAGCCUGAGACUAAACAAGCAGCUGCAGCCAUGGAUUUAGCCCCUAAAUCUCUGCGGAGGUCACAGCUUGGUCACCCUGAAACAGGGCAAGACUCAGGUUGCCACUUGUCCCUCUCAUCGUUGUGUCUCCUGGUUCCAACCCUGCGUCUGAUGAGUGCCUUUGCUUGGCAAGUGGUCCAGUGCUGUAAUGUGUUGCAUUAUGGAAAGGUGGAGGAGCUGGUGAGGCAGUUGACAGAGCUGGCUCCAGAGCUGCUCACUUCCAGAGACAAGGUGCAGCUGCUGCUCAGGCUAAGGGCAAGGCUUGUGUUGGAGUUGUGUCGCAGUGAGAACACAGCCAACUUGCAGAAUAUCCAGCCCCACCUGAAGGUCAUUCAAGACCUCACAAUAUGCUCCACCUGUAAUCAGGAAGAUUUGAGUCCAGGCAGAUUUCUUCUUGAUGCUGAAUUGGAGUUGGAGGAGUUGGAAAAUUCAAAGUCAAACUUUGUGGAUAUUGUCCAUACUUUGCUUGAGGACCCAGAGGAGAGAGAGAGGUUUUUCAAGGAGGUCUUUCCCCUCCACUAUGGCCAACAAUAUCAAGCCACAUUGCACACAUUAGUAUGGAAAUUCAUCUCUAGACUGGAUACUCUAUUGCCCAUCCCUGAUAUUAAACAGACUGCAGAGUGGCUCAGCACUGCUCCCAUUCUCAUGGAGGAAUGUGGACAACUAGUUUUGGAACCAGGUCACCUGAAGGCAUUAAUGCACUUCCAUCACCAACAUUCAAAAAACACAAAUGAAUGCUACUCUCGAUCUCAGAAUAUGUUUUUGCCAAGAUUGUUUUUUUCGCCUAAAGCCAACUUUAAGCAGCUUGCUUCUGAGCAACAGGAGGAGUCUACAGAUGAUGAAGAGGGAGGACUGUUUGAUAAUAGUGAAGAUGAAGAGCCAGAUGAGGAAGACCAAAGUGAAGAUGAACCAACUCUGGAGGACUGUAAUAAACAAUGUGAAGACCUGAAGUUGGAAGAUGAACAAAGUGAUGAUUUGACAGCUGCAAACUGCUCAAAUUUAAAUAAUAGUACACAUUUAAGACCGCACACGUGUGCUUUGUGCCCCUACUCUGACAGCCUAGUGUCAGGACUUCUGCAGCACAUCAGAGAUGAGCAUCUGGUCUGGGAACCCAGCCAUCUUCCCUCUAAAGAGCCUGGGAAAGACGAUGACCUUCAAUAUGGCAACAGUGAAAUGUGCACUUCUGACAGAAGGAGCACAGCAAACACUUGCGAGUACUGCGGGAAGGUCUUUAAGUAUGUGUCAUCAUUGAACUGCCACUUAAACACACACACACUGCCAUUCCGCUGUGAUGCCUGUCCGAAAAAGUAUUCCACCAAGGAGGCCCUAGAUGUGCACCGUCGGAUUCACACAGGUGAGAAGCCAUAUUUGUGUUCACACUGUGGCCGAGGCUUCAGGUCUCCGUAUACGCUUGGAUUUCAUGUUCGCAUCCAUACAGGGGACUGCCGCUAUAAAUGUAACAUUUGUGGAAAGACUUCGAUCCAACAUCUGAACAGACACAUGCGGAUGCAUAGGGGGGAAAAGAACUAUUUGUGUACGGAGUGUGGGAAGGCUUUUCUCUCCUCCCAGGAGUUAAGGCUACACAUGAGAUUUCACACAGGCGAGCGGCCUUACACGUGCCGAUACUGUGGGAGGGGUUUCAUAGCAAAGUGCCUGUUGACAGUUCAUAUGCGCCAGCAUACAGGAGAGAGCCCUUAUAGGUGUUCAAUGUGUCCAAAAGCCUUUCACACUUUGAGAGCGCAAAAAAAGCACAUGACGAUCCACUUGAACAAAAAGUCUUUCCAGUGUUUGAAGUGUGGUAAAAUAUUCAGGCAACAGGACAAUUUUAAAGUGCACGUUCAAACACACAAAUGAAAGUUGUAGCUGUUGCUUCAAUAGAAGAUGUGUACAGUGAUUGUGCAGUUUCUCAUUUUGGUUUAAACAGCACAACGGUUUGGCUAAGCAGCCUGAUACUCAAAAUACCAUACCAUGGUAUGUUUUCUUUUUUUCGCUUUGGGGGGUGGAUUUAUUUUACCAGGUUUUAAGAUAACUGUCACAGAGAUUUCUGCCUCCAUCUAACUAGUGUGGAAGUGAAAGAAGUUUGGUUUAUCACGGUCACAGCAUCGAAAAGUUAAAAUAAAAUGUUUAAACAAUACGACCACACCAUUGAAUUAGCCACUCUUUGUAACACUAGCAUUUUAUUCUGAACUUUCUGCCAAAGAAAUAGAUCCUGUAUCUGUGAUUUUGUUUUUUAGGUGAACUGGCCCUUUUAUGUAGUGAAAUUCUUGGCGCCUAAUGUCCUCCAUCAUUAAAUCUUUCUCUGUUUACUGUAACAUCCAUCUCAGGUUAGUGUAUACAAAACUUGUUCCUGUACAAUAUUUGUAAAUGUUUGCUGCAUGCAAGUCACUUGACAGUGAAAAGUACAUUUACAUAAAAUAUUUUAACUUGGAAA